AUGCAAACUUAAAUUAAAUCAUAAUUAUAUUAAGAAGAAAACAUCCCAAUCAAUAAUUCACAUUUAGGAUAGAAUUAAACUAAUGAAAUUAAUUAAGAAAUGAAUAAGAUUACAUCCUCAAUACCAGUUCAUGAGAAAACUAAACUUCCUAAAGAUUCUAAAGUAUAUAUGAAUAAGAGUAAAAUUCCAGGGUUUUAAGAAGUAUAAAUUAAUUGGUCACAACGAGUUGCAUAAUAAUAAAUUGUAGCUUAUUAAAUAUAUUCUGAAGUGAAUUAAAUACCCUAAUCAUGUGUAUAGUAAAAAAAUAAUUAAUAAUUUUCAAUGCCUUAAAGUAUGGCAUAUUAACCUGGAUCUGGUAUUCCAACUCGUAAAAAUUUAACAUAAAUUCCAAAGAUGAGACAUUCAUAAUAUCUAUAAUGUAAAUGGUGUAAUUAAGAAGUACAUUCUUAAGUUGAAUAUAGAAUUGGAUCAGCUUAAUUAUUACUUUGUCUAUUUCUUUUACCUGCAUUUGGAAUUGGCUUAAUAUUUGUAUGUUGUGAUGUAAUAAUUAAUAUAAUUGCAUAGACUUAUAAAGACUGUUAUCAUUUUUGCACUAAUUGUUCAUGUGAAAUGGGAAUAGUAAAAUUGAUUGGUUUUAAUUCUUGA